AUGGAAAGUUCCUAUUGGAAGCAUAAAAAUGCAUCAAGUGCCGUACCCACAUUGACGUCUCAUGCAUCAAAGAAAGGUAUUUGGGGUAUCGAGUUACAUGAUGUAUGGAUAACAGACAAUUUAUCACCUCCUGAUCAUAGAGUUCCUCCAAUUCCAUCAUUUUAUAAACGCAUCUUUCCUGUUCAUACUCCGCCAUGUUCAAUUCAACCGUCAACAACGAUCAGCCAGAAUAAAUUACGGCAUUCUAAACCAACGAUGCAUGUCGCAUCAUCUAAUAUUCCGAAUGAAAGACACAACAACGACACAAAUGACAGUGAUGAUAUUUCACCAUAUGCAGUCGAUAGUCAAGGAAUAGCACACUAUCGUGAACUAUCAUCACCAUCCGAUAUAAUGAAAAGUAAAGCAAUUGCUUUUAGUAGUUCUUCAUCACCUACUCACAAUCCAGUCACAUCGACAUAUACAACUAAUACUACUCCAUUACAACAGAAAUAUGCUAUGACGCCAACGCCAUUUACAUCUAAUGUUACAUCACAGGUUCCAGUAGCUAACACAGUUCUUUCUUCAUCUACAACAAAUUCAGGGCUAUUACAAUCUUCGAAUUUUCUAAAUUCUGCAUCAUAUUCACCAAACAAUUAUCCAUCAUCAACUAUGGCUUCAUCAGCUGUACUCACAUUGGACGAACUAUCUGGUAUUCAAAGUGCUCUUCGUUUAUUGGAGGCCAAUCCAAAUGCUAUACCUACUAUAGAAACAUAUCAAUAA